AUGAGCGAAAUAACGUCUUCAAUUGAAAAAGCAGAGGUUGUCUCCUGGCCGAGAAAUAAGUUAUGUGAGGAAGAAGACAAGAUCGAAUUGCUUAGAUUCGAAAGGAACGUUAUGCUCGACACUUACGCCGAUGACGUUCUUUUCGUCCUUGCCGGUGGUCUGGGGCUGGAACGUUUGGUCUUUCACCAUUUACAUUUAUACUGUGAUCCGCAGCUAUUGGUAUUUGUUAUCAACACAACUCCACAGGAUGAUGCAUAUUUCCUUUCUCGUUUACGCGAUUCCAAAGCGAAAUGCCCUCCAAAGAUCAUCACAGCGGAUUGCUCCAUAAAAGAUCGGGAGUCUCUGUACAUGGAAGGAGGAGUAUAUUUCAUUACCUCACGGAUUCUGAUGGUUGACUUCUUACAAGAACGCAUCCCAGUGAAGAAUGUGGCUGGAAUAAUUGUCCAUCGUGCGCAUCAGUUGCUAAAUGGAUUUCAAGAAUCAUUCAUUCUUCGCUUAUAUCGAGAAAAGAAGACGGGUGGUUUCGUUAAGGCAUUCAGUGACAAUCCGGGUGCACUAUCUGGUAUGGGCGUUUUGCAGCGGUUGUUAAAUCGAUUAUAUAUUCGAAGAGUUAGGCUUUUGCCAAGAUUUGAUGUAGAUGUGAAAGGUUCGCUAGACCCGUGUUCCCCACAUAUGAUAGAAAUAUCACUUGACUUGCCGCAUGCAAUGCGAAGGGUUCAGUCACUGUUGGUAGACAUAAUACGUACUUGCGUUCGAGAACUUAGGCAGGCUUCACUACCCACUGAUGAUACCCCAGAGGAAGAAAGUAUACAGCCAGCUGCAGGUCUUUUGCCUUCCUCACUAGAAAUACAGUUAAAAGGACGACAGUUUUCCAUCACUGAAAAACAACAACGCCUUUUAGCUGAUCUCAAACAACUUCGGAAUCUUUUAUACAAAGCUGAAGAACUGGAUCCGAUUACUCUUUAUUGCUGUUUGGAUGAAGUUAGAAAUAAUAAAAAUCUGAUUACAACUAACAGUGGUUGGUUAUUCACACAGACAUCUUCGAAACUAUUUGCGGAAGUAGACAAGUUGUGUAGAAUUAAAUCUAACACUAAACAAAGUGUAUUGGAACCACCGAAAUGGAAAGCACUUCUUAAAGUCUUAGAAGAGAUCAAAAUCAAUUAUAAACUGGACAAAAUGAAUUCUGAGAGAGAACCAACAGUGUUAUUAAUUGGUGCAGGAAAUGAGGUGUGUCGACAAUUGCGAGACAUCAUUAGUUGGGGUGUAACAAAAUUUUUAUGGAUCCAGAAUGAGAAGCUGGGACAAAAGUUCAUUGGUGAAGAAGGGAAAACUAAACCGGAGGCACAGCCUUCAUGGGAUCCUUCACAAAUUAUUCUGUUUGCCAAUAACAUCGAGGGAGAAACAGGUAGCGAAAUUGUGAAUAAUAUGAAGGCAUUACAAAAGGAAUUCACUCGACGGAACCGAAAAAGGCGUCGUUUGUUUGAAGAAGUAAAGACGAAGCAUAAUUCAGGCAAACAGGCUCGACUCAUGCGUUUCGGCAUAGUGCAACUUAAAAAGAUGACAAAAGCAGAGGAAAAUGCAUGUACCACUAGUUUAAAUGUCGACGAUGUUCAGUCUGGACGUCCGAACGAUUCAGAAGGCGUUGAAAGUCAAGAUCAAGAUCCCCUCCUAGUCAUUGUCCCUUCUGGUGAGCGAUACAAUCUCAUUAGACAGUUGGAAACCUUUGAACCACGAAUUGUUAUUCUUUACCAUUCCGAUAUGAUAUCCCUUCGGCUACUAGAGAUGUAUAGAGCGUGCCACUCUGAUAAACAGUUAACAAUAUAUGUUAUUAUGUAUGCGAACUCAAAUGAGGAAGAACGAUAUCUCUGCUCAUUAAGAAAAGAACAAGUUGCCUUCGAGGAAAUGGUCCGAGAGCAAGGGACGCUGAUGUCUGCUAGGGAAUAUGAAACAGAUCGUGAAGAACCGCACAGAUUGAUACUUAUGAGAUCAACUAGGGAUGCUGGUGGAAGAACUGACCAAAAUGAAGGAAACCCGAAGGUGAUAGUUGAUAUGAGGGAAUUCCAAAGCGAAUUGCCAACAGUGCUUUACAAACGAGGUGUAGAUCUAAUGCCAGCUACAAUCGAAGUUGGAGAUUAUAUUCUGUCGCCAAACAUAGCCGUUGAAAGAAAAGCCCUCGAUGAUCUUACUCAAUCACUUCAUAGUGGUCGCAUUUUCAAGCAGAUUGAACAGAUGUUGCGUCACUACAAAAAUGUAAUUCUGCUUAUUGAAGCAAAUGUCAAAGAUGAUUACAAAAAAGUUAAUGGUGGUCCCUUCCAGGGCGAAUUAAGUCGUCGCUGUCGUGAAACACGAUCUCUUUUCACAAUUUUGGUAAGAACAUAUCCAGAUAUGAAUGUUAUUUGGACUUUGGAUCCUGCGCAUUCAUCUGAAAUGUUCGAGGAGCUAAAACUAAAUGAGCCGGAACCGAAUUUGCUUCAAGCACUGGCAAUUAAAAGUGAUCUCGAUGAAUGCGCUGAUGCAUCUAACUCAGAAUCUUAG